AUGGCAGGGGCCCAGCGGUGUCAGGGCCCCCCCCGUGUCGGGGUUCACCCCCCAGGUGCUGAGUCAUGUCAGGUGCAGCCCCUGGCCUCGGGUGCUGAGUCACGGGUGGGAGCCAACCCCUGCCCACCCCCCACGGUGCUUUGGGGGGCACUGAGCCUGUCCCUCCCCAGGGGGGCUUUUUCGGUGGUCCGGCGCUGCGUCAAGCUCUGCACCGGCCAUGAGUACGCCGCCAAGAUCAUCAACACCAAAAAGCUCUCAGCCAGAGACCACCAGAAGCUGGAGCGCGAGGCGCGCAUCUGCCGGCUGCUCAAGCACUCCAACAUCGUGCGGCUCCAUGACAGUAUCUCUGAGGAGGGUUUCCAUUACCUCGUCUUUGACCUGGUGACAGGUGGUGAGCUCUUUGAGGACAUUGUGGCGCGGGAGUACUACAGCGAGGCCGAUGCCAGCUCUGUCCUGCUGCUGGGAUUCGCGGGCACGCCCGGUUACCUGUCCCCUGAGGUCCUGCGCAAAGAGGCCUAUGGCAAACCUGUGGACAUCUGGGCAUGCGGGGUCAUCCUGUACAUCCUCCUGGUGGGCUACCCGCCGUUCUGGGAUGAGGACCAGCACAAACUCUACCAACAGAUCAAGGCCGGGGCCUAUGACUUCCCUUCGCCCGAGUGGGACACGGUCACCCCUGAAGCAAAAAACCUCAUCAACCAGAUGCUGACCAUCAACCCCGCCAAGCGUAUCACAGCUCACGAGGCCCUCAAGCACCCGUGGGUCUGCCAACGCUCCACCGUGGCCUCCAUGAUGCACAGACAGGAAACAGUGGAGUGCCUGAAAAAGUUCAACGCCCGGAGGAAGCUCAAGGGUGCCAUCCUCACCACUAUGUUGGCCACCAGGAACUUCUCAGUGGGCAGACAGACCACCGCUCCUCCGACCAUGUCGGCGGCCGCCGCCGGGGCCCCCCUGGGGCUGGUGGAACAAGGUAGACGCGUCCGCAAAGGGCCCCCCCGGCCCCGCUUGGUCUCUGUGUGUCCCCGGAUCCUUCAUCCCCACGUCCCCCUCUUCUCCCAACCAUCCUCUUCCCCGCCUCCCCCUCCCCAACAGGUUUCGGGUGCCCUCCUCGGAAAUCGGAGCGCAUGCAUGGCCGCCCUGCACUGCCCCCUCCUCACCCUGCAGCCUCUCCCCCUCUCCACCGAGAAAUGCCACUGUGGCAAGGAUCAUGCAGAUACUCGUGGCAGAGCUGUGGGGGCCUUGGGAGCACAGUGGUCCCUGUCUGUCCCCAAGGUCCUUCUGUCCCCAAGGGCUGUCUGUCUGUCCUCAUGGUCCCUGUGUCUGUCCCCAUGGUCCGUCCCCAUGGUCUGUCUGUCUGUCUCCAAGGUUUGUCUGCCCCCAAGGUCUGUCUGUCCCUGUGUCUGUCCCCAUGCCUCCCCUCUAUGUCCCACGUCCAUCCCAACAUCCCGUCCACCGCCCCCCACGGUGUCCCCGCGGGGCGGGGGCAGUGGCAGUGACAGUGACGUGCCCCCAGCCCGCAAGCAGGAGAUCAUCAAGAUCACGGAGCAGCUCAUCGAGGCCGUCAACAACGGGGACUUCGAGGCCUACGCGUGAGUGGGG